UCUGUCUCUCACGCUCGAGCGGAGGCGGAAGGAAGAAGAAGGGGUUUGUGAUUUGCCAAACAGCAUCAGCAGCAGUCUGAUGGUCGGGCGCGCGCAGAUUGGAGCGGGGAGGAUACAGAGCAGGGAGAGGCGCACGGGAACACUGUGAUGCGGUGACACAUGGCAGUCUGCACCGCCUGUACGCUCUGACUGCAGCGUCCACUUUCCAUUCACCGGGAGAGGCUGCUGGGCACUGGGAUGCUGAGAGGCACUGCUGGGAAGCUGGAGGCUUCUGCAACCACCGACCGGGAUCAAGCACACAAAAACAAGCUCUGAACUGACUGGGGAAUACACAGACCGCUGAUCGGAUACCCUGCUGAUUAUUUAGCCUCUCGUGUGCCUGGGGGUUUUUGUCCCUGCCGAGCCGCCGUAGCGAUGGGAGACAACGUUUCGAAGCGGUUGAAGUUGAUCUCAGCUACAGAGGCAGAGAUGGAGGAGCGCUCUUUUCCAAACCCGUACCCGGACUGGGACCAAGGAGUCCUUUCCACAAACUCCGAAGAAGACGGAGGCUACAAUGAGCCUUUUGACGCAGAGGGAAAGGUCAGCGCAGCAUUCCAGAAGAAGGUCCAGAAUAAGAUCAAAGAUCUUCUCCAGCAGAUGGAGGAGGGCCUGAAGACUGCCGACCCCCAUGACUUCUCCACUUACACCGGUUGGACAGGCAUUGCCUUGCUGUACCUCCAGCUGUACCGGGUGACCCAUGAGGCCACCCACCUGCAGAGGGCACUGGACUACGUGAAGAGGAGCAUGAGGAUCCUGAAUGGCCGUAAGGUGACAUUCCUGUGUGGCGAUGCGGGGCCGCUGGCAGUGGGCGCGGUGGUUCACCACAAACUGAAUAAUACUGCUGACAGCCAAGACUGUCUGUCCAGGCUCCUCCAGCUGCAGCGUUCAGUGCUGAGUCCAGACUCUGAGAUGCCAGAUGAGCUGCUGUACGGCCGGGCCGGCUACCUUUAUGCUCUGCUCUACGUUAACAAAGAGAUAGGACCUGACACGGUGGACGAGGGCACUAUUACAAAGGUGGUGACUGCAAUCAUGGAAUCAGGGAAGAACAUGUCAGCAGAGCAGAAGAAGACGGACCGCUGCCCUCUGCUUUAUGAAUGGCACAAGAAGCAGUACAUUGGUGCUGCUCAUGGCAUGGCUGGCAUCUAUUACAUGGUCAUGCAGCCAGGAGCGAGGGUUAAUCCAGACAUUUUGUCAGAGCUGGUCCGUCCCAGCAUCGACUACGUCCGCCACAAGAGGUUCCGUUCUGGAAACUUCCCGUCAUCGCUGAGUAACGAGAGUGACCGGCUGGUUCACUGGUGCCACGGAGCCCCUGGUGUCAUCCAUAUGCUGAUCAUGGCUUACAAGGUGUUUAAAGAGGAGAAGUACUUGAAGGAGGCUGCAGAAUGUGCUGAGGUGAUCUGGCAGCGGGGCCUGCUCAGAAAAGGCUACGGCAUCUGUCACGGCACUGCGGGCAACGGCUACGCCUUCCUGUCCCUUUAUAAGCUCACCCAGGAGAAGAAAUACCUGUACCGUGUCUGCAAGUUUGCCGAGUGGUGUUUGGCCUAUGGGACCCACGGCUGUCGCAUCCCAGACAGACCCUACUCUCUUUUUGAAGGCAUGGCGGGGGCCAUCCAUUACCUGUCAGAGGUGGCGAAGCCUGAAGCCUCCUGCUUCCCUGCCUUUGAACUUUGACCUGCCAACUGAUGGGACUGAGGAGGAUGAAGGGGAAUGGGACAAAGUGUAUUGGACAAAACUUCAGUCUUUGUUUGAGAACUGGAUGAGGAUGUAUUUGUGAUGCAGCUUUCAACCUCAGUCAGCACAGUUGAUUGGUGGAGUUAACAUGUGGUUUACGGAAUCGAAAACAUGCAAAAAGAUAAAGGGAAGAUAUGUUUCGGACAGAACUUCAGGUUGAAUGUUGUUUAUCUAGUGCUGUAUUAAAGAGGACAAGAUUUCUCCUCCUGAAUUUGGACACUUGCGUCCUGCAGGGCCUAUCAUAGGAACACUGUCCAAACUUGUGGACCCUUCAGCACUGAGAUCCUCUGUCAUCAACCGGUGUAUGGGGCAUAGAAAUGGGCCCCAUGUCUGUCCCUCACCCAAUGAAUUGCCAGCUGGCAUGAACACAAAGAACACACUCGAACCCUUAGCCUUUAAUAUCAUAGCACCUAGGCCAAGAAAGGGGGGGCUGUGUGUCUGUGUGUGAAGUGAACUAAAGCUGUUUUGGUAUUUCUAUGCCUCUGCAUGCUCACUGUAAUUGGCUCUUGGUGCCUCAUAUCCUGUCAGUGUAGUAACUUCCUCUUCCUGUGUUUGUAGGUGUGCAGUUUCACUUCUCCAGGUAUAUGUCACAUCAUGGGAGAGAAGUUUCUCUCUCAUCAUUCUUCUGUGGUGACUGACCAGAGAAUGUUAGGCAGUGUUGUAUAGCGUAGAAACAAUGAUUCAAGGCAUUUUUUUGCCCCUUUUUUGAACAAGUCUAUAUCGUGUUUUGUGCUGUAUCAGUCAUAAAUUAUUUAAGCCUUACGUUCAGUUUACUACAACAUGUACUAUUUAGAAGAACCCAUUGUGCUAUUAAGUUGCAUUUCAGUUGGAAAAGUGGAGGUGACACCAGGGGGCAAUCCAGAUUAAAAACUACACUGUGGGAACUGUCAUGUUUCCCAUCUUUAUACACAGUCUAUGGGUGGAACAAGCAGCUGGGCUGAAAGAUAGUCACACCUAGUAAUGGAGGGAGACGCUACAGGACUGUAUACAGCAGGCGGCCGGCAGCUGUUAUUUCCCAGACUGUGGUAACAUUAAAUUUGGUGAAUUAAAGAUUUGCUGUGACCAACCUGGAGCUGGUGAUUGUUGAAACGCUACUAGUGUGUCAUUAUUUAGUGAAAUCCUGCACAGUAUACCUCAAAGCAACAGCUAAAAAUAUGCCCUUGUUUUUGCUAUUUCUCUUUUUAUUAGAUAUGUUUUUUACAGCCUAAUUGAUAUGUUUGAUCAGAAAAUAUAGGCUAUUAUUCAGUUAUUACAAAAACACAACACACACAAACAAACAAACAAAAUACCAUACACUAUAUAAUAUUAGAACAUGUCAGUACUCUAUUACAUCCCAGAUUCUAAUUUACCUCAGAUUUUACUUUGACAUUGCUUUACCGAUAUUCCUUGGUUUCAACAAAGGAAAAUCUGAGGUAAUUUAGAAACUGUGAUAUAAUAACAUACUUUGUCCAUUAGAGAGCACUGACAUGUUUUAAUAUCCAAGUGUAUGGUAUUUUGUUUGUGUUUGUUGUGAUCAUGUAAUAACAGAAUAAUGGCCUGUAUUUUGUUGUCAAACAUCAUCAAUUAGGCUGUAAAAAAAGAAUAAAUACACUUUUUCCUCAGUUCCAAUUAUUGCCAUGAGGUAGAGAAACAUUCAUUUAUUUUUAAAAUGUAUCUAAAAUACAAUAUAACAUAUGACACACAUAUUGCAUUUUAGGUGAAUGAUGUUGUACUUUGUUUUCUUAUAUUGUAUAGUUUGGUAUAGUGAAGCACUUUGUAACUCUGGUUAAGAAAAGCGCUAUAGAAAUUAGAUUUAUUUAUUUAUUAAGGUCCUAGCACCGAUGACAGUUUGGUGAGGACCAUAUUAAAAUUGCUAAGAUUAUUAUUAUUACGCUUUUUAUUCGUUUUUGACGAUUUUUGGACGACAUACUAUAUUAUGUUGGUUUUUCAGUUUUUAAUGGAGCAUUGAUUGGUACUGAUAAGUCCAAAUUGUCCAUUUGUCUUCAUGCAGUGUCUCAUAAAUGCCUUAAAUGAGGAUUUUGAAAUAAAUACAUGGAAUUCAUUCCAUUGAAUGUCA